AUGUCGGGCGAGAGCUCUCCUCGUCAAUUUGAGGCUGUAGGCGGCCACAAGUCGUCUAUUUUUUAUGGUAAACCAACCCGAGACGGCCGCAGCACGCUCCAGAAGACGACGACAGCAUGGGAAAUUAUGUACUACCUCGCUAUGGAGCUCGCCAAGGAGGACGCGUUCAAGCAGCAUCCCAUCACGGCACACCCUCAUGUCGACGAAGCGCGCGCCAAGUUCAUCCACGCUGCGGGAAAGCUGGCUGUGUUUACCUCCACUCUCUUUUCCAUUCACUUCCCUGAGAAGUAUAUGACCAAGUCGGCAGCACUGAAGCCGUACAUCGGUCGUGUCAACGAGUGGAUCCUCAUGGAAGCCGGUGCGCCGGCCCGCGGUGCUGUUCUCGCACCGCUGUUCAACGAGCUCUUUGACGGUGCCGAGCAGCUGAAGGGCUUCAAUGAGGAGUAUGAUACAGGAAUCUGGGGUAUUGGCCUCGUCGAUGAGACGUCGGGCAUGCAGAGGCCGUGCAUUAUGGACGUCAAGCUCGGCUUUAUCCGGCACUCGCCACUGACACCGGAGGAGAAGGUGGCGCGGAUGAUGAAGAAGGAGCACAACUCGCUUGUGCGGAACACGGCGCUGCGCAUCUGCGGCUGCCGGCGGUACAUCCACGACACUUCGAACAACGAGGGCGCCGCGGCGACUUUGAUUUGCGAGCGCUUUGGUAAAGAUAUCGGGUAUGCCAUCUCCGACGUGCGAGUGCUCAGCACAUGCCUCACAGCAUUCAUGUCGAUUGGCGAGCCACUCGCGGAGAGAAAAGAAAAUGAGCAGCUCGACUUUCACCCUGAGGUGAUGGGCGCCAUCACCAGCGCGGAACAGGUGCACAUGAAGCAGCGCAUCCGUCACAUACGAGCUGAAAUUGAGUCGCUGCUCCACUUCUUCGAGGGUACGCCGGAUGGCACCUUCAUGCUGCAACACAUGGCCUUUGUUUCGGCAAGCGUCCUCCUGCUGUAUGAUGCGGCCGACUCGUCCGCGAGAGCCAAGCUCCGCUUCAUCGACUUUGCCCGAUCCACGUGGCGCAAGUUCAACUUUGAUGAGCCGACAAUUGGAUUUAUCCAGGGCCUUAAAAACCUGGACGCGUACCUCUCGUUUUAG